GUUCUUUGUAGAUGUCGCUAUAGUUUAGGUAAAUCAACUGUAAUGCAGACUGCUCGUCUUGUGUCAUCUGAGAAAUAACCAAUUAAAAAUUGAUUUUAUUCUCUUUCCAAUUUAAUUAAUGAACAAUGGAAGAAAACAAAAUGCAAAUUUUAGCAGACUUUCAGUCUUGUACUGGGAUUGAAGAUGUUGGAGAAUGUAUUAUGUACUUGGAAGCUACCAACUGGAACUUAUUGGAUGCUAUCAAUUCUUUUAUGCCGGAAGAGUCCCAAACAUUGCCAUCUGAAAGAGAAGCUGAACUUCCAAUGGAGAUAGUAGAGGGUGCAAGUGGCAUUGCACCACCACCGCCACCACCACCAUUACUAAUUGAAGAAGAAAUACAGAGUACAAGCAGGAAUACCAAAUCUCCUCAUUCUGUACCAAUACCUGUGGAUGAAGUUCAGUUAGCCGCACGGCUGUUAAAUUUUUCAGUUCAGUAUAAAGAAAAUAUGGUCCCCCUUGAAGUACCUGAUUCAGAAACAGUGGCUGCAAUUAAAACAGCUUUACAUUCUGAAUUGGGAGUUCCACCUUGUCGGCAGGAACUUUGUGGUUGGAAGCAAAAUCACAUUAAUGGCUAUGAAACUCAUAUCACAGAUGAUACAGUAUUGUCGUCUUUACAAUUACCUCAGCGUACACAUUUAUUCCUCGUUGCGCCAGACCAUGUUAAUCUAACUCCAGUAGAAGGGAUAAACUUCAGUAAUCGUAUGAAUAAAAACUACAAACUUCACAUAAUUGAUACUACAAAUAAUAAAGAUUACACUCUUCAGUUCCCUGGGUCCAAGACAGUUUUAGAUGUCAAGUUAGGUUUGCGUGAUGUAACAAACAUUCCUGUUCGGUUCCAGCAUUGGGUUGGCUGGCCUGAUUCUUUAAAAGAUGAAAAUACAAAACUUGCAGCCCUGGAUCUGCCAGACACAGUACUGGAAUUGAUAUUGAGUAGAGAAGAGGGGGCUCCUAAAUCCAAGAAACAGUUGGUUGUUGACCUUGCAUCCAGUGAAAGUGAUAAUGACUUUGAAGAUGCUGCAGAUUGCUUUGGUGUUGAUGAUGAUAUGUUUCAAGCAAGUUCAUCUAAAAGAAUACAACCUCUUAUGCCUGAAGAUGUAAGUGAUGAAGUGGUUGCUAUUUCUAGUUUUGAAAAAGAAUUUGAAAACAGGUAUGGCGCUUGCCAUCCAUCUUUCCAAGGCACACUAGCUGAUGCACUUCAAGCAGCAUGCUAUCAACCUGCAAAAGAGAGGCGUCCAUUAGCAAUAUAUUUGCAUCAUGAUGCAAGUGUCUUGACUAAUGUUUUCUGCACACAGCUUUUAUGCUCUGAAACAGUUGUUAGUUACCUUACAUUAAAUUUCGUUACUUGGGCUUGGGAUCUGACCUUUGAAUCCAAUAAAACAUUUUUACUGGCUAUACUGUCUCAGCAUUUGGGCAUGGGAGCAGCACACACAGUGAAAAAUCUGGGUUUAAAUAGUUUACCUGCAUUUAUAAUUGUAACCAAAGUGAGAUCUACUCCAGAAAUUUUAACUGUGAUUCCUGGUAAUGUUGGCUUAGAUGAUCUCAUGACUCGAUUAAUUAAUGCUGUUGAGGUUUUUAAUAGUGAAAUCCAGUCGGAAAUUUGGGAAGAAAGUGAACGAGAAGCUCGAGAAAUGGUUAAACGAGAACAGGAUCUUGCAUAUGAAGCAUCUCUUCUUGCUGAUAGAGCAAAGGAAGAAGCUCGAAGACAAGAAUUUGAAGAAAAAAUGAAGCAAGAAGAAGAAAAAUUAAUGAAAGAAGAACAGCUAGAACAGAUUAGACAACAUGAAGAAGCUAUAAAGGAUGCUGUGAGGAAAUCUUUAGCUGAACAGUUACCACCAGAGCCACCCUCCGAUAGCACUCAACCUGUGAGCCACAUUCGAGUGAGGGUACCAAAUGGGGGUACCAUUGGCCGCAGUUUUACAGCAGACACACCAUUAUCUCUGUUAUUAAUGUACAUUGCAUCUGAAGGUUAUCCUUCUGAACAAUAUAAAGUACUUGCUAGUUGGCCUCGCAUUGAUCUCACCACCACAGAUGAAACUAAGACACUAGAAGAAUUAAAACUAUAUCCUAAAGAAACACUCACAUUGGAAGAGAGAUGAACUUAUUUCUAAUAUAUCACUAAUAUUUGCUUGUUUCGUACCUUGUAUGAAAUGAGAAGUGCGGCUACACAACCAUAGCUACUUGCUGCAAAAUUAAGUUCUACCUGUGAUACCCACGGCGACAUUAAAAAAAAAUUUGUUGCUGUAUUCUCUCAGUCACAUUGAUUGGUUUCUAAAUUUUAGUUCAUAAAUUGCUCACUAAAACUGGCGAAAUAGAUAAGUAAUUUUUGUUUUCAUUUUGUAAACUAAUUUAUAUUUUCUGUAAAAAAAAUAUCUAUUUUAUUCUCCAUUGUGAAAUAUUAAUGAUUUUUAUAGUUCUGCUCAUUAUGUACAGGAUAAUUAGCAGCCAUCUGAAGAAAGAGUAGACUUCAUUUUUAAGUUAAGAACAUAAUGGCUAACUUUCUUACACUCAUUUUGUAAUAUGUGUAUAAAAUAUACAGCUACUGUAGAAAUAAAAUAUAGGAAUAAAAAUAAAAAAUGAUCUGUACAGAAACAUGUUUUCUUGCAUUUGCAAACCAUUAUUUAUGUAUAGCAGUUAACUACUACUACAGUUAACUUAAAUAUGUACUCCUUUUGUUUAAAAAUGCUUAAUUUUUAUGACUAUGUUAAUGACCAUUAUCAAAUAACUAUCAUUAUUUCUUCUAGGAAACUAUUCCAUUCCAUUAUUAUAAGACUUUAAGAAAAUAACAGUAAUUUACACAUUGACAAUCUAAUGACAGAUUUAGAUAUUUAGGUAUCUAUGCACUUUAUGCGGCUCCUAUUUUAAUAAACUGCUCAAUUUAUUUACAUAUUUUUACUUCCUCAUAUGCAAAGCGUAGAGAAAGUUUUGUAAUCAUCAAAAAAUACAAACUUGAGAUUUUGACAAAUCCAGGUUUUAGGCCUUCGUAAGUUCGAAAGAAAUAUUUUUGGCAUUAUUAUCCUAGGUCUGUGUCACAGAUAACUCAAAAAUGCUUUAAGUGAGAUGAAUAAAAUUUAGUACAUAAUUUUUA